GACAGACAGACAGACAGAGUUACUUUCGCAUUUAUAAUAUAAGUAGGGAUAAAUCAAUAUACCGGAUAAUAAGUUCCGACUAUCCGUAUUGCCCCCAAAAUCUAUAAUAGGUACUUAGAUAACUUUCAGCCCGUAACAGGAAAAGCAAGUUGAAUGGAAAGGAAAGACAGAAAAAUAAGUAGGUAUCUCAUUUAAAUUAGAACGAAAGAAAAACUAAGUUACACAAAACAGGAAUAAGAAAAGAUGCAAAAGCUCCUGCUUCUACAACGAAAAGUUGACAUACCUACCUUAAUUUAAAAACACUUUAUUUAAAUAACAAAAACAAUAUCGUACACUUGCGUAACAAGGCAUCACCCCACAACAAUUAGAUCACAAUAAAAAGCAUUAGUUAUCAUAUCAAAACAUAUUUUGUCCCCUGCCGCUCCGUCACCACGUGCGGCCCUGGGACCCCUGUUUUAAUAUCAUCCCCUUUUGCUCGUAAUUGAAGCGUGUAAUCAGUUGACAUGUUUUGCUAAAUCUUAUAAUUUGACACGGAUAAAGAUACCCUUGUUAGGAAUUGACUUUUAAGAUUUGGAAUUUUUCGAUCGGAUCGUUUGUCGAAAUUUGAAUGUGCAAGUGAGAAAGAUUGUAAGAGAUUGUAGUACCUAAGCAGAGAGGAUUCACCAAUUAGUUAGCUGUCUGAGUUUCUUCUUUUCGUUCCGAUCCUUAUCUUUUCUAUCGUCAUGCUAUUGUAUCAAGAUUGCUUUUUUCCGACCACUUUAACUUCGGAAUUCCAAAACCUUUCGACGAAUAAACCAAAAAGUAUUCACUCGGACUUACAAAAAUCAAUAUUGAGAUUAAAUACAGUAAUAAUCAAUGCGUAUCACCACCCGUCAAGUGUAAAUUAACAUUUCAAUACAACCCCUGCUAACAACUCUAACAAGUGACGUCUGUUUUACCCCAUCCGCUCCAAAUUCGCAUUUUCGCGUCAGAUUUGACAAAUAUGCCCAAUUUUGGCGUUGGACAAUGCACGCCAUGACCAAUUGGACAUCUGUUUGUCACGCCCGUCGUACGAAUUGUAUGAUCAAUAGCAGAUUAGCAAAUGCGAUUCGAAUUACUUUUAUUUGGUGCAGGUGCAGGAGAGGAGAGUUAGUUGUCGUUUCGUAAGACAAAGUCGUGAGUUUAUGUUUUGAAUACUGUUCUAGUUGAAAAGGCUUCAGUGGUAGCUGGGGCUGAGGAAUUGGUUUACGCUUAAGUACAAUUAUUCGACUGUGUUUUGGCAAAAGCGUUGGCAAAAAUUAGAUGCGUUAAAAUAUCCUCUAAGUAUUAAUUUAUUUAAAUAUUAUAAUUCUUUGUUAGUUGCUAUUUUCAGGUACUUACAAUUAACAGCAAAAGAUGAUCAAAAUUAGAAAUUCAAUACAAAUGAAUAGACUUAAGACUGGAAAAAGAUUUUACCUAGAUGAUUAAAAUGCUGAAACAAGAAGUCGAUACUGACCGCCUACUGCAACUGCUGGGACCAAUCACAGCCGACCACCCUUAGUUCACCCCUCAACCAGCCAAUCACGACCGCGAAGACUGACGGUAGCACGUCCAUUUUGAUUCUUGCCCCUGGUCGGAGCUGUGGUCCGUGGUCAGUGGUCUGGUAGCUUCAACUGUUGGUGGGUGGUGGUGUGUUUCGUCCAGGAGUGUGUGCAAAGGUAUCAAGAUUCAUUUCCCGCUGAUGUCCUACGGCAGCGAGACGCCGCACGUUUGGAGCAGCUCAGCAGGUAGCGAGGUGUCUCCGUACGGGCCGCUGUGGGACGCGCCGCCGGCACCCGUGCCUUACCCCGAUAUCCUGGCGUUCCCGCCGGCCGACCUGGUGUGGUCAGCGGCGGGAUGCGGCGGGCGCGGCGGGUCGCGUGUUCCGUCGGGCGGCAAGAAGCCGCGCCGCCGGGUCGCGUCCGUGGCGCAGCGCCGCGCCGCCAACAUCCGCGAGAGGCGACGCAUGUUCAACUUGAACGAGGCCUUCGAUAAACUUCGCAGGAAGGUGCCAACAUUCGCUUACGAGAAGCGUCUCUCCCGCAUCGAGACUUUACGACUAGCCAUCACCUACAUAAGUUUCAUGUGCGAGCUGCUGCAUGGCUCCCCACAGCCACACCACGCCCCACACGCCAUCCACUCCUCACGACAUGUCUUCGAUGCUGAAGUGCCCUGGUGCGCUUAAGAGCUUGACAAAAGGAAGUAAUAGAUGAAGAUCAGAUAAAUAUCUAAUAGACGGAACACAGCUUCAGAAUUGAAGAAAUUAUGGCUUCGGUUUUUUUAAUUGUUUUUUCCUGGUUUAUGUGAAUUUUGCUUGUGUCUAUUCUCGCUGCAGUUGUGUGAGUCUCGCCAUUUUGUAUCCAUGUUAGAAAAAGUUUGGUAUGCGUAAAGAGGUACUGAUUCUUCUUUAUUUGAAUAAUGUACUGGUUUCGGAUGUGGAUUUCGCAAUUGGAAAUGGGGCGUUAGAAUGGAAUUGACAGAAUGAAAUGUUGUUGAAGAAAACUUACAUAGGUGCAAACGGGUGUAAGAUUGUCUCAUUGAACUCUGUUUUAUUUACUCGGUGCCGAUGUUAUUAAUCUCUAGUCUAGUCAUAUAAUUUUAUUCUAGUCCAUCAUAUAUAUGUAGUAUUACUUUUAUUUUGGGUACUUAUUUUAUUGAUCAUUUGUAAUAAUAUUAUUUUCUUAGUGUAGGUAAGAUGUACUUAAGCCAAACAUUUUUAUCGUAGGCUAAUACUUAAAUAUCUCAUAAGAAGUGAUUUUAGGAAGGAAAGUAGAAACUGGUAAUAAUGGAAUAAUUAACGCAUAUUUAAAAGAUUGUAACUCUUGUCUUCCAAUAGUUUUAAUAAAUAUAAUCCUAAUAAGAAAAACCGUUUUUGAUUAAAUCCCUAUUAUUUAUAGUAAAAAUGCAUUGAUUUUUCUUAUGGAUAAGCAUCUAAAUUGUAUGCUAUCCAUUUAACUGAUCAUAGAAAAAUAUUUAAUGAAAUGAACACACAAAUGCUUGUCGAGAGUCUGGGUAUCUUUGUGCAAAUGACUUUUUUAGUUUGCUUACAAAGCAUAUGGUGAUGGGAUAUUCUAUUGAAUAUACAGGCAUACAGGCAGUUAAUACUAAAACACCCAAAGUGAAAGAAAAAAUUUCAACUAACAAUAGGUAAUAAUAAAGCACCUAAUUCUUACAAAUAAUUAAGGAUAAUUAGGGUUAUUAAUUGCGUGAUAAUCAUUUAAGACAUUCGUUACCUGUACAUGUGAUUAACUAAGUACCUUGUGAUUUUGAUUCCCUAAUGAUCCCUUAAUCCCCGGGCUAUAUAAUCCAGGACAUUUUGAAUUAUUCAUCAGUAGCUACCAGGACAUGGUUGAGUGCAGUUGGAUUAGUAAAUUGUGAAUUUCAAAAUGCGUCGGAUUUUAAUAAAUGUAAGUGCUUUUGACAAGUUUAUGUGUUUAAAUUGACUUCAUAUAUUUUAUUUAUAACUAAGUCCGUUAAUCAAUA